AUGACAGAAGCACCGGUGAUGCGCCUACCAGACUUUGAUAAGGUCUUUGAAGUGGAAUGUGAUGCGUUUGGUGUAGGCAUAGGAGGAGUUCUUAGCCAAGAUUGUCACCCUAUAGCUUACUUUAGUGAGAAAUUAAAUGAGGCUAAGAAGAAGUAUUCAACAUAUGACAAAGAACUCUAUUUUGUGGUAGCUGACGCUUUAAGUCGCCGAGUCACCUUACUUUCUGUGAUGAGCACAAAAGUCAUAGGGUUUGAGAAGUUGCAAAAGGAGUAUGAAUUUUGCCCAAAUUUUGGAGAAGUGUACACUACACUUAAGACUGAGCAUCUUCAGGCUGUUGAUGAUUUUAUCCUCCGAGAUGGCUACUUGUUUAAAGCCAAUAAGCUUUGUAUCCCCCGCACAUCAGUUAGAGACUUUUUGGUUUGGGAAGUGCAUGCGGGAGGACUUUCAGGACAUUUUGGACGUGAUAAGACAAUUGAAGAGGUAGAGAGGUAG